CUCGGCGUGGUUGGGGCCCGGGUGUUCCCGGGAGCAUUCCCGGCAGCGUUCCCGCCGGCAUUCCCCGCCGCCAUGGAGCUCUCUUGCCAGGCUCUGAGAACCACCCACCAGGCCAGAGAAGCGGCUACAUUUAGAUGCUGUUUACAGCAAUAAAGAGAAUAUUACAUUUGAUCUAGAGUUCUGUCUUAAUUCACAGGAGGAGAUGCGAACAGAAGCUCGUCGGAAAAAUCUCCUCAUUCUAAUUUUGCAUUAUUUAAUGGAGGAAGGAUAUGUCGAUGCUGCAAAUGCUUUGGAAAAAGAGACGAAAUUAAGUUUACGUGGCUUUGAAGUUUGUGACAACGUUGAUCUUGAGACAAUUUUGAUGGAAUAUGAAAGCUAUUACUUUGUAAAAUUUCAAAAGUAUCCUAAAAUUACCAAAAGGAUCCUGGACACUGCCGAAAAUAAACAACAGCUGCGAACUGGGGGAAGACCAAGAAGGGCAGCAAGCUCUUCUCAAAAUAUACCAAGGCUCAAGGUGCAGACGGUGCACCACACUGCGUCAAAAACUUCUGGAAGUACAACAGAACCUAAAUCAUCUGCCAAGGAGAGCCCCAGACAGAGUAGUGACAGUGCAGUUACUCUUGAUCAACCUGACUUCGGCUUAAGCAUCUCAGCAAUCAGCAAACCUGGAGGAGACAGCCCUCACCCAAGAAAGGUUGGUGGAAACCUGGGCCAAGUAAUUGACUUCCAUGGGAUGAUUCAGGAUGCUGUCCGAAUGUCACCAAAUGAAAUUGCCUUGAACAGCCUUAAUUGUGAUCCAGAUCCCUCAGAACGAUUAUUGAAACCCCUUAGUGCCUUUAUUGGCAUGACUGGUGAGAUGAGGGAGCUUGCAAUGGUUGUAAGCAAAGACAUUUAUCUCCAUAAGCCCAACGUGAAGUGGGAUGAUAUUAUAGGACUGGAUGCAGCUAAAAGGCUGGUCAAGGAAGCAGUUGUUUAUCCCAUAAAGUACCCAGAGCUGUUUACUGGCAUUCUGUCCCCUUGGAAAGGGUUGUUGCUCUAUGGACCACCGGGUACUGGAAAAACUUUGCUUGCUAAGGCUGUUGCCACAGAAUGCAACACAACCUUUUUCAACAUAUCAGCAUCCACCAUUGUCAGCAAAUGGAGAGGUGAUUCAGAGAAACUUGUCCGGGUGUUGUUUGAGCUCGCCCGCUACCACGCUCCUUCCACAAUUUUCUUGGAUGAGCUGGAGUCAGUUAUGAGUCAAAGAGGCACUGCUCCUGGUGGUGAACAUGAAGGAAGUCGGCGGAUGAAAACAGAAUUACUGGUGCAGAUGGAUGGCUUGGCCCGAUCUGAUGAUCUUGUAUUUGUUUUAGCAGCUUCCAAUCUGCCAUGGGAGUUGGACUCUGCCAUGCUGCGGCGGCUGGAGAAGAGGAUUCUGGUGGACCUGCCCAGUAAAGAGGCACGGCAGGUGAUGAUCCAGCACUGGCUGCCCCCUCUGAGCAACAGCGGGGGUGUGGCGCUGAGGACAGAUCUGGAUUACAGCUUGCUGAGCCAGGAAACAGAUGGAUACUCUGGCUCAGACAUAAAACUCGUGUGCAAGGAAGCAGCCAUGAGACCAGUGAGGAAAAUAUUUGAUGCUCUUGAAAAUCACCAGCCAGGUAACAGUAAGCUGCCUGUGAUCCAACUGGACACGAUUACAACAGCUGAUUUCCUGGAUGUGAUCACCCACACCAAGCCAUCAGCAAAGAACCUGAGCCGGAAGUACAUGGCUUGGCAGAGGGAAUUUGAGUCAGUCUGACAGAAAACACCCCCGAAACUUCCAGGACUUCCAAAGAGGCAUGUCCUUGCUCCAAAGGAUCAGGUGGUGAUGGGGAAGAAGAUGCUGUUGCCUCAGGGAAGAGAAAGCAGUGACAAGCAUCAGAGGGAAAUCUUUACUUCCAAAAUUUAAGGGUGGGUGGGAGAAUGGUGGUUAUUCUUUAUUAACCAUUUUAAUGACCAUUCAAAAAACAUUCUUCAUGGAAAUAAUGUGAUGGCAGCUCCUAUGCAACAAGGCCUCCAGCCUUAAUUUUA